UUUGUAUUGACAUGUGAAGGUCACAUGCAAAAUCGUCAUAUGACAUCCGCCUGCUCGUCAAUAAGUGAUUGCGUUUGGUCGAAGAAACAGAUAGAACCGGCGGUCUAGCAGUCAAGAUGAGGUCCUACAUGUAUACUGGAAUAGCAUGCAUUUUGCUAUCGAGUCUCUCUAUUGUUUCAUCCGUUGAAUGGGAUUUUGUGCCACAAGGCCAAACAGCAUGUUUGAAAGUGAAUUGGGAUGUUACAAAGAUGGAUUUAACAGGAGCUCCCAACUCAGGGGAAGGAGAUAAGCACUCAAUUGAUUGGACUACAGGUGUAGUGAAUAAUAAAUCCAAGUGUGCAACUAAUGGUGGUAUAGGUAUUCUGAAUGUGGAUUUUGAUAAGGGUAUAACCAUGUCACUGACCUUCAUCACGGACAGCAACAAGGUCACUAUGGAUGGUACCUUGACCUUUGUCCCCUUCAACGUGUUUGAAAAACCAGAAUUCGGAAACACAACUGCUACUUUGACCAUGGCUUCGACUCUUGCAUUGUCUGCUGAUGAUAAGUCCUUCACUUGCAUCAGCCCCCUCCGACUGAUGUUCAACACCGCGACUGCUAACAACACUUAUCAAUUGGAUAUGCAGGUUGAUAAGACACAGAUCCAGGCCUUCGGCAUCACCAACGGCGAUUUCAGCGAAGGUACACCUUGUGAAGCUGAUACCAGUAACUCUACAGCCACUACGGAAGUACCAGUUACUUCUGCCGCUCCAAAUGUGACCACUGAGAAACCAACAACGGAGAAACCAACAACAGAAGCCCCUACCACAGCUCCUCCAUCUGCUGCUUCCAUGUACUACUACCCCAACAAAACCGACCCCUGUAUUAUUGUCGCAGGCGAUUUCGAGAUAAGUGUGACAUACACAAAAAUGGACAAUACCACAAGUAAUGUGCCCUUGAAAAUUCCUGCUGAUGCAAAGGUGAACGGAAGUUGUCCAGAGGGUAUGAAGUCUGAAAUUAGUAUGACGUGGGGAGGUUCUGGAGCCAUGAGGAUGGUGCGCAUGUCAUUCAGCUCCAGUAAUGAUAUAGUUGAUAUCAGUACCAUCUCCCUGGAUGUGGACCUAGACAACACCACCUUCCCAGAGUCAAAAGAUGCGGACAUGAAAGCAGAUUUCCCCACUUCUAUUCCACUGUCCAAACCCACUGGUUACUACAAAUGUAAAGCCAAUGUGGAUGUACCCCUAGGUACCAGCAAACUGUCCAUGUCUGAUGUGGCCAUCCAAGCUUUCAAUGUUAAUGGAACCUCCUUUACUGGAGAGCGUGAGGAAUGUGCAGCAGACAAACCAGUGACGACUGAGCCCCCAGUUACGACACCUGCACCUGUCACCCCUGCCCCAGGAUCUCCACCAGUAAAUAAAUAUACCGUCCCUGGAAACUGUAUUGUCCUCGAUGCUGGGCUGGAGUUUGUGAUCCCCUACACCAAGAGUGAUAAUACUAGCACUAGUGUCACUGUUGGAAUACCGAAAAACUACACGGCCACAGGGACCUGUGGAAACGUCACUCAGAUGCUGAAUGUGGUAUUCUAUGAAGAUUGGUCAAUGGAAAUGAUAUUCAAUGGUGGUGGAAGUGCAAGUCAACUUUCUGAUAGCGACAGCUUCUUCCUGGAGGAGUUGCGUCUGUCCUAUAAGCUGCAGCCCAAUAUUUUCGCAGGUGUUAAGAACCCGAAUGCUGAAAUGGUAGCGAACAAUACCUUUGAUAAAUCCCAGUUUUCAGCUAAAAAAACUGGAAGUUAUCAAUGUAAUAACAAACUGAACUUCGGACUGAACAACGGCGUCACAUUGAACACUGAUGACCUCCAAGUAAAGGCAUUCUCUACUGACAACUCCACCGGUUUCCCAACUGGAGACUUGAACGAGUGUCCACAGGAUUCCGACACCAACAGUGUGGUACCUAUUGCCGUGGGGGCAGCUCUGGCUGGGCUGGUUGUUAUCGUGUUAAUAGCCUACCUGAUUGGCCGAAGGAGGAGCAGGAGUGGUUACCAACAAGUGUAGAUUGUUUGAAUCAAGAAUGUGAUAUCAGCUUCCAUAUCAAAGGAUAAAGCUGUUGAGUCUGUUCAAAGCUCAGGUGUUUGGUUUCCCAAAUUAUUAACAACAAAAGAGAAACAGAUAUAAUAUUAUCUAUUAUUUUCGUAAAAAAAACAACUGAAGUUAUGAAAAUUUCAAAAGCACACAUAAAGACUUUUUUUCAAGUUCAUGUUUAUAUUUUUAAGAGAACGAUAAGAAAAGAGGCUAAACAUGAAGGUAAAAAAUAAAAUUUGUAUUUUGUCUGUAAAACAAGAUUCUGGCAUUUUAAUCCAAAUUUUUUACCAGUUCGAGGAGUUGUUAUUAAUAUAAUAGUUAUCUUGGCUUUGAACAAAGAGAUGACUUAAUGGCGGUGUGUGAAGACUUUGUGUCGGUGUGUGAAUCAGUGAGUGAAACAGAACGAAAAUGUCACCAGGAAAGUGAUUUUUUCCAAGCAAUUUGUUCAGAAAGGGGGUUGGGGAAUGGUACAAACAGUUUCAAGGCUUUCAUGGAGAUUAUUAAACUUUCUGUUCUUCCUCGUUUUUUACAACCAUAUAUAGGCAAUGGGAUUUAUAAAAGCUCGCCUAAAAUUAGGAAAUUAAACAAAAUUACUGGCAAAUUUGAUGCAGUUAAGUUGUUUUACCUAGGAUUUCUAUGUUAUUAGAAACAUAGGUUUCUGUGAUUCAAGUGACACUCUUAUUUUGUAGUGAACAAUUGUACCCAUCAGAACUAAUUCAUGGAUCAAAGGUUUUACUGAUAUUAAAUUUAUAAUUAGAAUAAAGAGUAUCGUUUUCAUUAGUAUAUGAAAACAAAAUAAUUUUCCUGAUCUAUUUUUUGUGAAAUCAUGAUGUAGUUUUAACAAAGAACACUUUUCAGCUUUUUACCAAGUCCGAUAGCUGGAAGGGAUAUGGAAAGUACUUAGAAUAGAUGGAUUCACAUGAAAAUAUUACUUUGUAUGGGUACAAAUCAGCCAAGUCUCCUUUAGACACUUUUUUUAUGAACCCAGUUUAUGGAAGGGGCAAUACUUCAACACCUUUCACCUAAUUUCACUGUAACUAAUUUUCCAGGAAAUUAUAUUGGUUGGUAAAUAGAUCCUAAUAAAAAACAUUGCAGUUUUUACAAGACCAUGUGGACUAAACUAAAAUGCAUUGUAUUAGAGUGACUAUGGAAUGAAAUCCAUACUUUUAAGAAUUGUUCUAUAAUCACAUUGUAUAUUCAACAAUUUAGCUUUGCUUCAAAAACGAAAAUUGAUGCUGUUUCGAAAGGAAGUCACUUGAUUGCUUAGAUAUAAAAUGGGAAACCUGUGUUAACCGACAUGUUCUAAGGGACUGGAUCCUUUGGUGGGAUACGGAAUUGUCAGUAAACUUGGUGUUAAACACUUAACAAACCAGUCGGUUAGGGACCAUUAAUACAGUCACGUAAGUCGGUUGGCAGUCAAUUCUAGUUAAAUUUUAAACAUCUGGAAGGAGAAUUUCUUUUAGUUUUAUCAUAAUGUGUAAAUUAUUUUCUUGAUUUGGCUAUUGGUUUUUUCACUGUACAUAUAUUUUGAAAUGCUUUUGAAGUGCUAUAAUAAUUAUCAUUGGAUUUCUUUGUUUCUAUCAGAAUGUUUAACGUGUCUAAUGGCCUACUUUAGUAUUUAGCAAGGUUUUGGAUUACUUACAACUUGAAUGUAGUCAAGUAGUUAAAUUCUAAAUUAUUUCAAAUCAUUGACUUCUCCUUUGACAGUUGAACAGGAGUUUCAUUCACUUAAAACCAUCCAGCAUGGAAAUAGUGUGAACAUAUUAGAUAUGUGUUUAUACAGGUUUACAUCAUAGCCAACAAGCAGAGUAUGUCAAUCAGUGUUAUAUUGUUGAAGAGAAAUAUUUGGUUUCAUACAUGGGUUCCUCAUUCCACUUAAAAUAUGUAAUUAUGACUAUGAUUGUAUAAAUAAAAUGCUUUGAAUGAUGUGUGAAUGCGAGAAAAAAUAAUUGUAAAUAUCUUUUGUUAAGUGGUAAAUGUACAUGUUUGUCAAUGAAAAAUGUCAUAAGAAAAUAAGAGGUGAAAUUUUUAUGAAACAUUUAAUGAAACAAUACAUGUAUAUAUAUAUACUUCACAUGUGGCAAUACUCACAUUGUAUUAGCUAGGUAACUAACAGUGAGGACAUUCCACUAUAUCUGUUUCUAUAUAAACACCAAAGUCCCAGUUCAUCAAGCUACAGUAUGUUUAACUUGUCCAAAAGGUAAUAUUUUUUCUACCCAUGAUAGUGUUGUAAUUGAUGGUCUUAUAUAUUUAACUUAAUAAUGAACAAAUAAUGUACAUGCAAUUGUUUUGUAGAGUUAUUCUAUCAACUUAUUUUUUUCAUACAAUGAGACUGUCUAUGGAUAAUGUUAACACUUAAUUUUAGUUUCUAAAUUUAUUUUCAAAAAAGGGAGACAACUCCUCUAUUUCAAGUCCAGAAUAGUAAGAAUCGUAAACUGAUUUGCUACUUAAACUCUAUAUAUGUUGAGCCUGUAAGAAAAUAUCAAACCUUAUUUGAAUACAAAUAUGGGACAUUCCUAUCUGCUCGCAAGUCAUCAGCUUACUUUGUGGGUGCAGGUAUAAUUUUUUGUCAUUUUGGAAAAUAUUUUGAUGUACACGACUUGCUAUAAAGCAAACUACAUAGUCACAAUUUUAACUUUUGUUUUGUUUUUGUGUUUGGUGCUCUAUUUCAGAGACCAAGAGAGAAAACAAAAUCCCAAGUUACCACUGCCCAUCAUUUUCAUAGCAAAACACGGGACUGGUCAUUUGGAAAUAUAUUUCCAAUUAUCUGAAACAUAAAUGCAGAGUAAAAAAUGUUUCAUGUUGUGAUUAAGAUGUAAUUAUCCAGUGAAUGGCUGAUAUAAAAUCAGCAAAAUUGUAACUGUCGUUUUUGUGGAUGAAAGAUAUUUGUAAUAUACUAAAAUUAUAUAUAUUUAUCACUCUACAAAUUUAUGAUGUAUUAUGUUGGUGCCAUGAUAAUGAAAAUUGAAGUGCUUUGAAGAGGUUAGUGCUUGUUGGUGCAACAUUGUAGACUUAAAUAUAGACCAAGUAAAAUUUAAAAACACACUCAUAGUUCACAAAGGUUAUCUUUUUUUGUUUAUAAUUGUUUUAGAAUUAAACAUUGCUGGUAUAAAUGUAGUGAGUAAAAUUAUAUCUAAUCACCUAAUCAGUUUGCUUGUAGAAUCUGAUUUAUAAGCUAUGGAUAUUUUUUGUUUGGAUUUGUUUGCUUAAGCUUUGAAGGUAGAUGUUUUGUUGAAAAUGGUAAAUAAAAUCACUUAACCUCUUGA